AUGCUUACACCACCACCCAAAGUAAACCGUGAUACCCGAGAUCAAGCUGUAGUUGAAGAUGAUGAACCGGACGAUUGGGAUAAACGCAUCAUAAGCACCGGCUGCGCUGAGGAAAAUGUCAAGAUGAAUGAGUGUUUCUAUGAAAAAAGAGACUGGAGAGUGUGUAAAACUGAGCUCGAGAAAUUCAAGCAAUGUUGGAUGAAACACCAGAAUGACAUUCGUACGGAAAUGAAAGAUACUUCCUAA